CUUUUUUUUUAAAUAUUUUUGUUUCAACAACUUGCCAAAGUUGUCGAACAACUUUGAUAACUUUGCUAAGUUGUUCGACAACUUUGUGAAGUUGUUGAGACAACUAAUGCAGUUGUCGAACACCUGUUUCAAUUGUUUAAGCAACUUUAGUUUUUUAACUUAAUGACAUUGUGGGAUCCAUUUGUCUUCUUUUUUUUUAAUUAAAGACUUGGAAGGGUCUAUAAACUCAUUUAUAUUAUAGUCAUAUAUAUGGCAAGAUAACUUAUCCCACGACCCACGUAUUCACGUGAUUUACGCCUCGCUUUGUAAGUAAAAUGGCUUGCCUCACCCCCGCCUUCUAAAACAGUGAUGUUCAUUGACAUUAUUUGCUAGUAUUAUAUUCUGCUCAGUUUUUUUGCAUUCGAUGCCAAAUAUUAAAAUACAGUCAAACUGUUCACGCGUAUCAAGUAGGAUCAACCACAGGGAUCGAUCAUGUUAAUAUGUGAUCACAAAUAAUCGUAACUUUAAAAAACAGUACAAACUUCAAGAUGUCAUUUUCACUCUCUCAAUUCAACAUUACAACGAAACAAAAAGGGUCAUUUAGCUGAAAACAAGUUAAAGUUAUCUCAAUAUAAUUAAUUAACCCACUAUAUUUAUAGAAUAAUUUAUUUUAUUAAUUAUAAUAUAAAUAAUAAGAUAAAAAUAUUUUCACAUUCUUUAAAUUUAGUAUUGUAGUGUUUAAUAUCAAAUCCAUUCAUUUUCAGACUGUAUAAUUACUAGUAUUGUACUAGUAUCUAUUUUUAGUAAAGGAGGGAGUAUUUGUCGGUGGGGGUUGGUAAAAGACUUGCCAAAAAUCCCAAAGUUACCUUUUGCAAACUCAUCAAUGGCAGAAGCAACAAGCGAGUUGAAAGAGGUAAUAGUCCUGGGCCGUCCAACGGUAUUCCAAUUCUACGACCAACAGUUAUCACAAAAAUUCAAAAUCUACAAACAAUGGGAAUCAUCAUUGCCAUUGGAGCAAUUCAUAAGUAGACAUGCUCAAGCUGUAGAAGCAAUGAUUUGUUCUCCUAAGCGUAUUGGCAGCCAGAUAUCUUCCUCAAUACUCAAUCUCUUACCUUUACUACGCGUUAUUGUUACUACUAGUACUGGCCUGGACCAUAUUGAUCUUGUUGAGUGUCGCCGCCGCGGUAUCUCUGUUGCAAGUGCUGCUACUGCUUUCUCAGAGGAUGUUGCUGACUUUGCUGUUGGAUUGUUGAUUGAUGUGUUAAGGAAGAUUACUGCUGCGGAUAGGUUUGUUAGGAAUGGACUUUGGCCUCUUACUGGGGACUUUCCCCUUGGUUCAAAGGUGGGAAGCAGGAAAGUCGGAAUAGUUGGGCUGGGAAGCAUAGGUCUAAAAGUUGCACAAAGGCUUGAAGCAUUUGGCUGCAUUAUAUCAUACCAGUCGAGGAAGAAAAAGCCUGUUUCUUACCCUUUCUAUCCUGACAUUCAUGAACUAGCAACCAGAUGUGAUGUCCUUGUCAUUUGUUGUGCAUUGACAGACCAAACCCGCCACGUGAUCAAUAAGGAGGUUCUACUGACACUCGGGAAAAAAGGAGUAAUCAUCAAUAUAGCACGAGGAGGCAUAAUCAAUGAGAUGGAGUUGGUACAAUGUUUAAAGCAGGGAGAGAUUGCAGGUGCUGGGUUGGAUGUUUUCGAAAAUGAACCUAAUGUUCCUGAAGAGCUCCUUUCAUUGGAUAAUGUUGUAUUGACACGUCAUGUUGCUUUUUAUACCGAGGAUUCUUUUAGAGCUAUAUAUGAACUCGUAUGCGGGAAUCUGGAAGCUUUCUUCUUGAACAAGCCUUUGCUUUCUCCAGUUUUGGAUGACUAAAAGAUAUUAUUUUCAGCCUUGAAAUCAAUAUUAUAUUAUGAUCAGCCUUGGUAUUUAUCAACAUCUCAUUCUGGAUAUACUGCCUAAGUAAAAUGCAACUCUGCCUUUUCUCCCUUUUUGUGGAAGCAAGUGGUGAUCGGAACUGGAAAGCAUUUUCCAUUACAACUGCAAAACCGCUGUGCUAUAACCGUAAAGGAGAAGCUAUCUAUUUCAUCCACUACAACUCUGCCGAAGGGGAGCCAUUUGAUCUCUGUCAUGUACGCUCAGACCCGCAAAUGAGUGACGUAUUUUAAAUUGAUUUAUGAAGAGCUUUAAGUCUAGUAAAGAUUGUUAUGUUUGCCAAUUUCUUUAUGUCAAAACAUGCAAUAUUUAACAAGUUCAGCCCCCAUAUUUGCCA